AUGGCUAGAUUAACAACAACAUCUUCCUUCCACUACCAAUGGACUUACGAUGUCUUUAUCAAUUUUAGAGGCGAAGAUACUCGUUACGGUUUUAUAGGAAAUUUGUAUCAUUCUCUAAGUCAAAAGGGAAUUCGCACCUUCCUUGAUGAUGAGAAACUAAGAAGAGGGGAUGAAAUUACCCCAGCACUUCUCAAAGAAAUCGAAAAUUCUAGGAUGGCCAUUACUAUAUUUUCUAAGAACUAUGCUACCUCAUCAUUUUGUCUAGAUGAGCUUGUUAAGAUCUAUCAGUGCAUUAAGGGAAAUGGUCGUUUGGUUUUGCCAAUUUUUUAUGAUUUGGAGCCUUCAGAAGUGCGCCAUCAAAAGGACAAUUAUGAGCGAGCACUAUCUAUGCAUGCAAAAAACCGCAAAGCUGAUGAGAAGAAGAUACAAAGUUGGAAGCAUGCAUUGACUGAAGUGUCUAACAUUUCUGGCUUCCAUUUUGAUCCAAGGCAUGGUUAUGAAUAUCAGUUAAUUGAAAGGAAUGUGACAGAAAUAUCUAGUAAAAUUGAUAGGAUUCCUUUAUAUGUUUCUAGAUAUCCUGUUGGAUUAGAUUCUCGGGUUGUAAGUAUAAAGUCUUCAUUAGAAAUUGGAUCAAAUGAAGAGGUCAAGAUGGUAGGAAUUUGUGGAAUAGGGGGAAUAGGUAAAACAACAAUAGCACGUGAGGUAUAUAAUUCGGUUGCUAAUAAUUUUGAUGGCAUGUGCUUUCUUCAUGACAUCAAAGAAAAGUCAAGCAAGCUUGGCCUACAACAAAUGCAAGAGACAAUGAUUUCCAAGAUUAUAGGAGUGGACGUGAAAAUACAAGAUGCUCAUGAAGGAGUUGAAGUAAUAAAGAUGAGACUCAAACAUAAGAAAAUCCUUUUGAUUCUUGAUAAUGUUGACAAACAUGAGCAUCUAGAGAAAUUAGCUGGUGAUUGUGAUUGGUUUAAUGGUGGGAGUAGGAUCAUUAUAACGACAAGGGAUAAGCAUUUACUUGUAAGACACGGGGUUAAAAGUAUAUAUGAUAUGAAGGCUCUCAAUGAUGAAGAAUCUCUCGAAUUGUUAAAUUGGAAUGCUUUCAGAAAUAACCAAGUUAAUCCAAGUCACAUGAUGGUGUUAAAUCAAGCAAUAAAGUAUGCACAAGGCCUUCCACUAGCCCUUGAAGUUAUAGGCUCUAACAUGUGCGGAAGGAAUAUAAAUGAGUGGGAAUCUGCCUUAGAUGCAGCUAAAUUAAUUCCUGAUGAAGCCAUACAACGAGUAUUGAAAGUAAGCUAUGAUGGCCUCAAACAGUUUGAGAAAGAAAUAUUUCUUGAUAUUGCUUGUCUCUUCAAAAUGGAAUCUUUGGAAUAUGUUAAGCAUACAGUGGAAGCAAUUCAUGGUUUCAAUAAUGCAAAUUAUUUUAUUGGAGUGUUGGAGGAUAAAUGCCUCAUAAAUAUUGAAAACUCUUACAUUGAAAUGCAUGACUUGAUACGAGACAUGGGGAGAGAAAUUGUUCAUCAAGAGUCACCAAAUGAGCCUGGAAAACGUAGUAGAUUAUGGUUCUAUGAAGAUAUUGUUCAUGUUUUGGAAGACAAUACUGGCACAAAUGAAGUCAAUAUUAUAAUUCAAGAUAAUUGGCUCAAAUGCAUGGAAGUAGAUUGGGAUGGAGAGGCCUUCAAGAGUAUGAAAAAUCUCAAAGUUCUUAUUUUUAACAAUAUAAAAUGCUCAGAAAGUCCCAAAUAUCUUCCUAAUAGUUUAAAAGUGCUCAAGUGGCAAGGGUAUCCUUCUUCAUAUUUGCCCACUGAUUUUCGUCCAAAGAAGCUUGUUGAAUUCGACAUUGGGAAUAGUAAUUUGAGUUCCCUGGAAAUAGUCAAGAAUUCAAACAAUUUGAGUGUUUUGAAUCUUCAAGGUUGUCAAUACAUUACAGUGAUACCUGAUCUAUCCAAUCUCAGAAAUAUGAAGGAAUUACUCCUUGCAGAUUGCAAGAAUUUAGUUGAAAUUCAUGAUUCGAUUGGCGAUCUAGCAAAACUUGAACUCUUGGAUGCAGAUGGCUGUGUCCGGCUCAAGACGUUUCCACGUUACCUCAAGUUACCCUCUUUGGAAAGCAUAACUCUUGAAAAUUGCUCGAGUCUAAAGUACUUUCCAGAAAUACCUGAAGAAAUGGAAGUGAUGAAAUAUCUAUAUUUAGAAGGUACUGGAAUAGAAAAAUUGCCCUGGUCGAUUUGCAUGAUUACUCAGCUUGAAUGUUUACGUAUCGGAAUGCAUAAGGGGAUUGAGAUCCCCGAUAGCAUUUCUCUAUUGCCGAACCUAAAAUACAUGAGUGUGUGUGGUGGUGAAAAUUUGUUGUCAUAUAAUCAUGAGGAAGCCCAAGAACAAGAGUUGUGGUCAAAGAAAUGUCCAAACAUGACCACUUUCGAGUAUCGGUAUUCUAAUAUAUCAAAUGACGUCCUUAGAAUUAAUCUUGCUCGAUUUAUCAAUGUGAAAAGUGUAGAGUUGACCGGUAGCAGUUUCACAGUUUUGCCCGCAUGUAUAAAAGAAUGUCAUCAGUUGAGGGAUAUUUGUUUGGGGGAAUGCAAGUAUUUGAGAGAGGUUGAAGGGAUUCCGCCUAACUUAUCAUCUCUUAGAGCGACAAAUUGCAUAUCGUUGAGUUUAGAGUCGAGAAGAUUGUUAUUGAGCGAGGAAUUAUUUAUGGCUCCACACAAACACUCUUCCUAUGUCCGUUCUGUAGUGCCAGGGACAAGCAUUCCAAAGUGGUUUGAUAUUCGUAGCAAAGGAGAAUCUGUUUCUUUUUGGUUUCGUAACUGCUUCCCACGUCUGUGCGUUUCUGCUCUUUUUCUUAAACCAAAUGUUGAUACUGUGACAACGCCGAUUUACAUCAAUAAUGAACGAGUAAAUUGGUGUGGGUUGGGGAUUCCGAGUGAACGAAGAUGA